AUGGAUGGAAUCCGCGUCCGGAUUGAUGGGGUUUCCAGGAAGGGAGGGAAAUCUUCAAUCCAAUUUUCCGGAGGAUAUGAACUGCCUCUGAAAUCUCAUGAAUUUGCGGAAUCCCAUGACGAGCAGGCGGCGGUGCAGGGGAUGGUGACCGCGGAAGGCCUCUUCGAUGGUACCAUCACCACAGGAAGCCAGACCUACUACGUUGAGCCGGUGUCGAGGUACCGCCAGGACAAUCCGGGGUACUCCUCUGUCGUCUACCGGACGGCGGAUGUCAUCCAGCCGAAGGCGCCCUGCGCGUCGGCCAUCCUGGACCGCAAGAGGAGGCAGGCCGGAGUCUUCUACUUCGACACCGACGCCUACGAGAUCCGGCGUACCAACAGGACCGACAUCAUAAUCAAGAGGCCGUCCAAGCCCAAGGUUCUGCUUGGAGCUGGUCCUGAGGAAAACCUCUUCGACGAGGACUUCCGUGCCCACGUGUCCAAGAGGGCCAUCAUCGACCCUAAGAAGACGACCUGCAUGCUGUACCUCCAGGCUGACCACCUCUUCUUCCAAAAGUACGGAACAGAGGAAGCUUGUAUAGAGGUCAUGACAAGACACGUGCAGAGGGUCAACUCGAUCUAUAGGACCACAGAUUUCAACAUGGAUGGAAAACCAGACAAUAUAAGCUUUAUGAUAAAGAGGAUAAAAGUGCAUACCACAGACUCUCUCAACGACCCCGCUUAUAGGUUUCCUGCAAAUUAUGGUGUUGAAAAGUUUCUCGAACUCUUUUCAGAAUACAUUUAUACAUUUUAUUUUCAGCAUUAUCGAGGAAGUAUGAAAAGUUUAAAUACAGGAAUCGUUACUCUUCUCAAUUAUGGAAAACAUGUACCACCAGCUGUUUCCCAUGUGACGUUAGCCCAUGAAAUAGGACAUAAUUUUGGAUCGCCUCAUGAUCCAGAGCAGUGCACGCCAGGUGGGGAAGAUGGUAAUUUUAUCAUGUUCGCACGAGCGACUUCAGGAGACAAGAAAAAUAACAACAAAUUUUCUCCAUGUUCCUUGAACAGUAUAAAUCCCGUCCUAAAUUCCAAGGCAAGGAGCUCUAAGGGCUGCUUCACAGAACCACAAGUGGCAAUUUGUGGUAACGGAGUGGUGGAGGACGGAGAACAGUGUGACUGUGGCUGGGAAGAAGACUGCAAAGAGGAUUGCUGCUACCCUCAGAGAAGACACCCGCCAAUAGAGCAGCCCCCGUGCCAUCUCACCCCGCACUCUAUCUGCAGCCCCUCGCAGGGCCCUUGCUGUACACCAGAAUGCGGCCUCAAAUUCGGCGACAAGUGUCGAGAAGACAACGGUUGCCGUGACUCUAGUUACUGCGAUGGCAGGGGACCGCAUUGCCCUCCGUCCAUUAAUAAACCCAACAAGACAAUUUGUAAUGAAGAAUUUGUCUGCUUUAUGGGAGAAUGCACUGGCUCUAUUUGCCUGGCCUAUGGACUUGAGUCUUGCCAAUGCAUACCUGGUCCAGAAGAUUCUCCAACAAAGGCGUGUGAACUCUGUUCCGUGAAACUUUCUGACAUGUUUGUGAAACACUUGUGUUUACUGAAGUUUAAAACUUCACCACAUCCAUCAGCCCAUCCUUGGUCUUCAUUCAUUUGGAACAGUGCUCCAUAUGACAUUCCAGAUAUGUUUUCGAAACCAGGAACUCCUUGUAAUGAUUAUAAUGGUUAUUGCGAUGUUUUCCAGAAAUGUCGAGAGGUCGAUCCCUCUGGUCCUCUGGCUACAUUGAGAAGACUACUCUUGUCCGAACAAAGCAUUGAAUCGUUCAAGAAGUGGAUUCUGGACCAUUGGUAUUACGCUCUACUCAUUGUCAAAGGAGUCCUACUUAUUUUGGUUUUGAGUACGAGGCUCUUCGGUAAAACGUCAAAUCUGAAACUGAAAGGUAUGACUAUCAUCCAUAGCUCCACAACCGAGACAGUCAGAUUACCUCCUGAGGGGGGUGAAGGAGUCACAGUACACCCCGCUGUGAGGAGCAAGGUGCCAUUAAAGAGAAGAGUACGAGAGACUAGGAGGCGUAAGGGAGGGUCUCCAAGAAAACAGAUCACCAAAGGAAACCACAAGAAAAGAGUGAAAGGAGAGCAGGUAAUAGACUACAGUGGCAGUCAGGAAACUACUGCGAAGACCCCAGAAGAGGAUCCUUUGAGCAAAGUUAGAGCUUGGCUUCUUAACUCACACAUAGACCUAACAGGUGUGCGGAAGUCCAAGUCAUCGCCAGUCGGCUUUCCGACGACCGGGACAACUGCUACAACCCCUACUGCUGCUGCAGUGACUCCUACUACAGGAGUCACCCCAACAGCUGGAGCCAAAUCGCUGGCUACCAGUCCCAUCAAGAGAACUGUGCCACCUGGCAAAGAGCAAGUCAAGCUACAUGUCAUGUAUCGACCUCCAUUUAAACUCAGCGUCAAACUACGGAAGCCGACUCAAGUGGCUACAACUGUUGUAAAAGAACUGAAGGUAAGAGCACCACGUGCAGCAAUUGUAGUCCAAGAAAGAAAACGAAGAAAACGUUCUAAAAAGAAAGAAGGAGAAACAUCAGUGAAACCUACCGAUGUUGAAAGGUUGGUUUCUGUAGAGCAACCUGUGUAUGCCAACAUUAAUCCAGGUGGCAAUUUGGCACCAGGGCAAGACCUGCUGAGGAUGUCGUCAGUGGAAGCCAAAUCGACAACACAAACACCAUUGUCGCCAGAGAAGUGCCAGGGCAGCAGUAGUCAGAAAUCGACGGAACAGAAUGUACUUCUAGAGGGUGCGCAGCCUCAAGCACCAACUGCACCAGCGGAAGGAGUUCAUGUCGUCCCUUCUGACAUGGAAGUAUUGUUGUCAGAGAGCGAGUAUCUCUUCUGCAACACCUUAUAAUAUUAAAUAGCCUCUCAUGUGAAAGCCAUGUGAAGAAUGUGUAAAAAUUAUUUCUAAAGAGAAAAAAAUUCAUAAGCUGAAUCCUUAGUAUGCGUGAUUACUAAAUUUUUGAAUCAUAUAAUUAAUAUAGGUUUUCCUUCUAUGAACAUACAUUCAUGAGUCAUAAAACAGAUAUUUUCAAAACAUAAAUGUUUACAGUUAACAUUAGGCAUUAUAUGAUAUUUAAAAAAAAUUGACAAUCCUUUAAAGGAUUAAGAUCAGUAUUAUUGAAAUAUUUUUAUAGUUUACAUAACCCUAUUGACAUUAAUCUGUAUCGCUAAAUGAGUAUAUAAUCUUAAAUCUUAAAUCUUUUAUUUCUUUUUUUGAAUAAAGUUGAUAAAAACAUCUCAGGACUUCAACUUCAAAUAUUUCCCAAGUCAUUUGAUGAUUUUUUACCUCAAAGGAAAAAUAAUUCACAAUAAUCUCCAUCGUAAAUAUAUGUCUAAGUGAGUGAGGUUGAUAAGUAACAUUUUAUUGAAAGUCAGAAGAGUAACAUUGCUUUGCAUCUUUAUCAACUCAGUUCUGAGCCAACGACUAAAUUUAUGAAUGGAAAGUUAGUUUCCGGUUGCAGUCACUGUGAUUUUAUAUUAAAAAUUAAAAAUGUAUUUAUUUUUUGUCAGCGUUUCGGACUAAGUUAAAAAAAAAUUAUUUGUGUUUUUCACUGCGACAUUAACCCACAACUUCCCAACCAUAUUUUCUACUGUCAACUAUUUCUCUACUGUUAUUAAAAUUAUGGGAGUGGAUGGAAUAAAUAUUAAAAAUAUAUCAUUUUGCUAAUUGAAAACAAUAUAGCAAACUUAAAGGAAAUAACCAAAAUUUUAAAAGAAAACAAUAUUUUCAACAAAAUAUAAUAUUAAUUAAAAAACAGAAGUAAAAACUAAAAGAUUAAGGACACCAAUAAACCACAAUGUAGUGUCCAAAAAACAAUAUAACCUAACCUAUAUCUUUUGUACUUUUAUCCUUUACAAUAAUUAAUUUUUUUCAGAAAUGUUGCUUAUUAACUUAUUCUACUUGACUUUUAAAUUUUAUUCAACAUAUAAGGGCUAUUUAUUUUUAUGAAAAUUUCUGAUAUUAGCUGUUUCUGAUUAUUUUUUCCAUUUUAAUUUUGUUCAUGAAAGUAGUAAAAUUGUUUUUCCAUUAAUAAAGUAUCUAAAAUUUUGAUCAAGGCACCCAUGGCUUUCAUUUCCUCUCAGAAAUACCAUACCAUCCUUGACUGCUGUGAUUAACGUUUUAAUAAUUAUUAAUUAAACAGAAUUUGCCAAUGAUAAUCUGUCAUUUUGAAUUAUAAUAUGUACAUAUCUUUUUAUUGCAUGUAUGAAGUGCAAAUUACCACCGCAUUAGAGGAAUAUCAUCGUCGAGGCCUAUUCGUGAAACCGUAAAUAUAUUUACAAUUUAAUAAAGUAUAUGUAUCAAAUUCAGUUCCAAGUACGAGAGUAAAUAUCAGUUAUGUAAGCCAUAAAUCUAUAUACUUAAAUUAUUUUUAAAAUUUUUUGAUUGAGCAAUAGCAUGACUUAAUUUUAUUUGUUUUUACACUUAUUUAUAUAAAAAAGUUAUUUUUCAAACAAAUAAAGUUUAGUUAUGACUAAUUUAAUGAUAUUAAUAGACAGUGUAGACCAUAUUGAUUAUAUUUUUUCUUUAAAUAUAAUGCUGUCAUAUUUUUUUUUAUGGAGAAAUAUAAUUGAUAACCUACUAAUUAAUUAUCAAUACAGUUGGCAUUUAGUAUCAAUUUUUUUUUAAUGUUCACAAUUAAGUGAAUAUUGGCAAAUCUUUAUUGACCUUAAUAUUUGAUGUUUUCUUCACAGAUUUUACUGGUAGAAUUUAUUUCGAAUUAUACAGCUAGAGUUGCUAAACUUUUAAAGUCCACUACAGAAUUAAUUUUUAAUUGCUAAUAUUUAUCAAAUAAUAUUUUAUUACGUUUGUACAUUUAUUUUGCAGAUUUAAGACGAAUCAUCUAAGAAUUACUUAUUCAAUUUAUUCCUAUGUUUGUAGCAUAUGAAUAAAACUGACUAGAGUGAUAUUAUAAAACAUAAAUAUGUUUGUGAUUGUUAAUAAAUUUUUCUAUUUGCCACAAAAAUAUAAUAUCGGCUUCCUGUUUUUGUUAUUGGUAGUUUCAACAAGAUUAAUUAAUUAAAAAUAUUUCUUAAUUACAAUCUCAUAGUAUAGAGCCUCCUAUCUUUUCAAUGCCUAAAGUUAUCAAUCGCUUUAAAUUAAAAUUAAAUUUUUAAAUACAAUAUAAAGUAAAGAAGCACAAAAAAUUUAAGGCCAACUGUAUUCAGAUAUACUGUUUUAUUGUCAUAAUGUAAACAAUUCAAUAUAUUAAUGGAAAAAUGUAAAUGAUAUUAAUUAGUGAAGUUCUUAGGCAAAUUAAAAAAAAAUUAUGUUUUUUUGAUAAUCAUUUAAUAUUAACUUCAGUACUUAAGAGCCUCAUCUUAAAAUAGUCACUUAAAUUAGGUAUAAGAACUUAUAAUAAAUUCUAUUGACAUGUAUUAAUACAAUGAAGAAAUAUAAAUGGUGAAUUAUCUGCAACGCACUAUACUUAAUCCUGUUAACCUCUGACAUUUAUUUUAUCAUCAAUUGUGUGUGUUGUAUUCUCACCAUAUUUCAAAUCCUCAAUGAUUCUGGAACCUCAUUUAUCAUCAAUUGCUCAAUAUUUUCGUGCUGUAUAUUCGUUGAGCAAUUUAUAAAUUAUCAUAAAAAUAAAGUAUGUUUUACGAAUCUUCAAGAGACAGGGAUGCCUCGUAAAUAAAUUAUUCUUGUAUCAUAUUCGAAUAUUUUAUAUUUUAAAUAAUAUCAAGUGAUGUAAAUAUGAAAUAGAUUUGAAUGGCUGAAACCUUUAUUUAACCAAGCUUUUUAUGAGGAUAUUGUAUGUUGUAAGAUUUACUGUUAAAUAUAUAAGUUUUUACCAUGUGAUAUUAAAAAAAAAAUUCCUAGUUCUACUCUUCGCUGUUUAAUGUUAAGUGUAUUUAGAUAUGUGUUCUUUUAAGUUAUUAUGUCCGCUGAUUUUAUCAAUGGUCGUGUUGUAAAACUAAUAAAAUUUAUUGUUACGACCAAUGAGGUUAAGUCAUGUUUAAGUAUACAUUGCUUUAAGAUUGGUCAAUUUUUAAAAAUUUAAUUUAUUAAUAAUUUCUAAUUAUUAUCAUUAUUUUAUUUUUAAAUUGAUUUUUUUUAUAUUUAAAGUAAUUUUUUAUUAAAGCUGAAAACAUUAUUACGUGAAAGUGUUAGACUUGAUAUUUUAGAAAUAUAGUGAUUUUGGUUUAAUGUGAAAUUUUAUGAUAUAACAAAUAAAAAGGUGUUUGCUUGAAAAUGAAAAAAAAUAUUUAUUUUUUUAUUUUUUAAGCCGAUAUUAAAUUGGCUUACAUACAAAAUAAAAACUCAGUUUAAGAUAACAAUAUUUUUAUUAUUAAACUUAUGUUUCUCUUGGAAAAAUUAAAUUAAAUACCUUCAUAAUAAUCCAAAAAUAUAUAAAACUGUCCAGGAGAUGGGGGACAGAUCUAUGUUAGCAUAAAAAAUAUUUAAAAACUAUUGAAUAUAGAAUAAAAUCAAUAUUUUUUUUAUCAUAUUUAGUAUUAAUCUUGAUUUAUCUUCCUCUUUAUAAAUACACAUUAAUUUAAUCACAGCUGUUUAUUUUUUUGUUUUUUUAGUGAAAAUGUUUUUUGGUAAUCAAAAACUUCAAAACUAGAUUGUUUGUUAGUUGUUUGAAAAAUGUAUUGUGCCAUGAUAAGCUGGGUUAUUUUAUCUAUUCGCCUCAUAACAUGUUUAAAUUAUUAUAAACAUAUUAAAUUAUCUUAAAAAUAAUUCUGAAAAAAAUUGUUAGACAUUAAUUUUGACUCAAAGACUUAGCACACUUAACCUCAUUGGUUGGUACCAAUGUGAUAUUAAUAACUUCCUUCAUUUAAAGUAAAAAUAACUAAUUAUACUUUCUUUUAAUAUCAACUAUGUAGAAUAUAUCACAAAUAAUUUUGUCAAAACUCUUAGUCAAGUUAUUAAAAUGAACAUUAGAGAUUUAUUUCCCUUAAAUAGUUAUAUAUUACUCCUUGCCCUUUGAUGAAUAUAUAAAUAUAAUUAACAUAGUAGAUCGUUAUUUGUGCCAAAUCUUGGUAUUUAUUAUGGGAUAGUAAGUGAUCGCAAUUCAGUCUAUUAUUUUUUAUAUAAGAAAACACUGAGAAUCGUCGCAGAAUAUACGAGUAUUUGCGCUUUAUUUAUUCCAUAAUAUUGUUACUAACAUUACUAACUCGGAUUAGAUAAAAUAUUAUUUGUAAAACCUUUUUAAAUAUAUAUAAGUAUUUAAUUAUUUAAAUUAGUCAUUUGAAAAAACAAAUGUUUGUUCAGUGUUUAAAUGGUAUGUUUGUAUUGUAUCUUUUUUUUUUAAAUUUAUAUAAGUUAAGAAUAUAUUGUGAAGAGUACCAAGUUUUGUCCAGUGAGGCAAUUGCCACAAAUUUUAAAUUUUUUCAUAAUUAUAUAAAUGUGAAAUAUUCAUAAGUCCUAACAGUUUCUUUAAAUAAAUUAUCU